AUGUCGUCCUUCUUGCGCAGGCUGCAAGGCGGCAAUCUCGAAGUCGUCAAGUUCGGCAUGUACGUCCUCUUCCCCAUCGGCUGGAUGUACUACUUCGGCACGAACCUCGACGACCGCUUCUCCGUCAAGGGCUUCUGGCCCACCGCCGAACAAUCGCACAAGAUCCCGCUGGACAAGGAAGAGAUCGACCAAGAGCUGGCGCGCAUGCGGAUGGCCGACGCGGUGCGGCGCGAGCGGCGGAGGGAGCGCGAGGCUCUCGAGGCUCAGGCGCAGGUGCAGGCCGAGGCCCAGCUGCAGGCUCAAAGCGCGUCGCAGAGUCAACCAUAG